UUAUUUCUCUGCUUUUGACCAGAGAGAGUGUGUAAGAAGAGAGAGAAAGCUUUUGCUCUACUUUCUUCUUCUUCCUUCUUCCUUCUUUUUCUUCUUCAGUGUCAUUUUCUGAGAUAUGCUAUCGAGAGAACACCAUAAUAUACACAAACCCCAAAUCCCAAAAUCCCAUAUUUUUCUCUCUUUUUUUCCUCAUUUUCUCUCUCCUAUCUUCAUUCUCUCUCUACACCCAUUUUCUCUUUAAUUUGGGUUUCUGGGUUUUGUUUGUUCCUUUUCAAGUUUUUCUGAGCUUUCCCAUCUGGGUUUUAUCAUAUUCCAACAAGAAAACCUAUCUUUCUCAUCCCCAACAAAUAAAAAUCAAAUCUUGAAACCUCCCCCCAUUGAAGAUCCAAAGCUCCCACCUUUAAUUUUUUUCCCUUUUCAAAAUUCAAUAACCCCCAUCUUCUACUCUUUCUUUUUUUCAUUUCCUUCAUCAUCAAGUUAGCAAGAAAAAAAAAAAGCUGCUAUUAGUUUGCUAAAGCAAAAACAAGAAGAACAAAAGAGGUUAGGGAGAAGCAAAAAAAAAAAAAAUGCCCUUAGAAGGUAUUUUUAUUGAACCUUCUUCAACCUCACUUCCUGAUCUCUCUCUUCAAAUCAGCCCUCCAAAUGUUUCUUCUUCUUCUUCAUCGUCUUCUUCGUCGUCUUCUUCAUAUUCAUCAAUUAGAACCCUUAGCCAUGGAUUUUCAGAAACAAGUUCUGAUCUUUUGAUUCAAAGAAACUCCCAAUUCCAAAAUAAUUUCUCAAAUGAGUCUCAAACUCAAACCGAUCUCUCUUUAGGAACCAACAACAGCAACUUGUUCGGUGGAGCAGCACUACAUCCACCGCCGCCGCUCCCGCAUCUUCGAGGGCUUUCGAUGUUCGACGUAUCAUCGGACGGUUUACGACCGAUCAAAGGGAUUCCGGUGUAUCACAACCGUCCAUUUCCAUUUUUGGGUGUAGAUCAAAAAGAUCACCAUUAUUUUCACCAAUUUCCAUCAGCUUGCUUCUUCCCAAAUUACUCAAAUACGAACGGAAACAGCGGCGGAGGAGGAGUGGCUCAAAUGGGUUAUUAUCAUCGAGGCGGCGGAGGAGUUGGAGGGAAUAAUAAUAAUUGUUCAGCGAGGUUCAACAAUGGGGUUGUUUGUGCAGAAGCAAUUAAUAAAUGUUUGAAUAAUAAUAGUAAUAGUAAUAGUAAUAAUAAUAAUGCAGCUUCUUGUUGUUGUUCUUCUUCUUCUGAUGUUUGUUCUUCUCAUGGGAUGAUGAUGAUGAGAUCCAGAUUUUUGCAGAAGCUUCCUCCAAAACGAAGCAUGAGAGCUCCUCGAAUGAGAUGGACUACCUCCUUACAUGCUCGCUUUGUUCAUGCUGUCGAACAUCUCGGUGGCCAUGAAAGAGCAACACCAAAGUCAGUUCUUGAGCUGAUGGAUGUUAAGGAUCUAACACUAGCUCAUGUCAAAAGUCAUUUACAGAUGUAUCGAACUGUUAAGACUACUGACAAACCUGCAGCUUCCUCAGGCCAAUCGGAUGGCUCGGGAGAGGACGAUGUAUCUCCUACAAUAAUGGGCACGACCAGAGGAGAUCACGGUGGCUCUAAGCAAUUUUGCGAUCAAAGAGCUCCACCCGACCGGUCCGCCCAGCCGCCGUCAGAUAUGGAAUUUGGCUGCUCCACACUUUGGUCUAAUUCUUCAAGAGAUGUUUGGCCACAAACAAACUCUAAUGAAAUGGAUAAUGUCAAUACACCAACUUUGUCAACACAACGAAAAUUCAUGCACCAAAUUCAGGAAUGUGAUUCAGGUGCAAUCAAAAGAUACAAUUCAGAGUGCAAGAAACCGAGCUUGGAGUUCAGAUUAGGCAGAGCAGAGUGGGAUGUGAAACAAGAUCACUAAAUUUCCUCUCUUCUUCAAUCAAAAAGCCUUUACUUUUUCUUUUUUUGGGUGAAUUUCCUGUUGAUUGAGUUUCUAAUGUUGGUGAGUGGGGUUCAUAGAGAUACACAAAUGAAAGAUGUUUUAGAUUGUGGGAAACAACGAGAAGAAAUUAAAUAUAGUGAUUUAGUUUUAUUAA